AUGAUGACUCCAAGGAAGAUGCUGCCAUUCACCGCUGGAGCUCUGCUUCUUCUUUUACCCUGGUUUGGUGGCCUGACCUCUGGAGAGCUCAGCGACAAAAAAUUUACCAUGUGCCAAAAGUUCUUCUACAAGAGAACUCCACCAAGGGGUUUUGGAACCGGACAUAAGGCGAUAUGCCAGCGCUACAAAAAUAAAUACCGCUUUGCAACCCUUUAUGAUCGUCAGAAACGUACAGCACUGUUCUCUGCAUACCUGAUGAGCUCCUCAAAUGAACCGAGGCCAGAUGGAACUUGGAUGUAUGAACCACAGUUGGUGUCUAAGACAGCUGAUCCUGAAAUGAAGCCUUUUCCAAAUCCUGUUGGCCAAAACAUGAAAAACAGCCAGGCUGUGCCUGAAGACUACACGAAUAAUAACUACACCAAGGGUCAUCUCGCUCCAUCCCAGCACCUGAACACAGAGGACGACCGUACAUCCUCCUUCACUCUGACAAACAUUGUUCCACAGAAAGCGGAGUCCAACAACGGGCCCUGGAGUGAUCUGGAGACAGAGGUUUUGAGAAGAUUCAAUACCUACUGCAAUGGACAGAUGUAUGUGCUCACUGGCACCAUACCUUAUAAGUCAAAAUGCCUGCUCAAGGGACGAGUGUCUAUUCCCGAGUACAUAUGGUCUGCUUACUGCUGCCCAUCCUUCAAAUCUGACCUUCCAAACGAUACGAGAAUCUUUUUCCCUACACAUGGUGCAUGGGGAAGAAAUGGUCCUUGCCCCGACAACAACACUGUGGAAGAAAAUCCCUCACCGUAUGCUGUGAGGAGGGUGUCUUUGCCGAGACUGCAGAGAUUCCUGAGAGAAAGGCUGGGCAUGACAGGCAGCCUGUUUUCCGGCGACUGUCAGAGUCCCAAGCCUUAAACUCACCCCUGACACACACGCAAAAGGGCAGCAUAAGAUUUCAGUUUCUGACUAAAUGUUCAAUUUAAAUGUCUCAUAUCAAUCUCACGAUGGCUGGGAAAUGAAUGCUCAUAAUAUUAUAUUGUGUAUUUUCAAAUAAAGGCUGAAGUGUGGAAACAA